UUCACCGCGGGGGUGACGAGAAAAAGAGAAAAUUGCGGCCAUGAUUUGAGGAGGAGGAGGAAAGAUAAGCGGCGGGGACCGGAGAGAAAGCAUAGAACUGCGAGCAAUAUUCCAAAAAAGCGAACCGGUCUGUCCGGCCGCCCGGCCCGUCUUAGUCACAUGCUGGACUGUCCGCCAUGUCCUUGUUUCCGACAAAUUUCUGCCAGCAAAACUCCGUCUUCUUCUUCUUCCUAUUCUAAAUCUCUAUUACUCUCCCUUCUUCAUCUUCGUGCCUUCAAAAUCUUCUCUUUCUUCCCCUCUGUAAAUUGGGCCGAACAUCUUUUGACUUCUUCUCUAACAUCUCUCUCAAUCAUUGGACCAUACAUUAAUUGCAUCCUUCAUUUUUAAUUCUUUUGGUUUCUUUCCCCCCACUUUAUUAAAUUAUCGCUUCUUUCUCACGAAUCUCACUCUCCCUAUUUGCUGCUUGCUGAUUCGCUCCCUCCCCUUUUCAGAUUCACACUGCCAACUCUUUCUCAGUUUAUCCCAGGUAAGGUGAAUAGAUCAAUAGAAUAGUGAGAUUUGGCAAAUGGUAGGGGCAAUGUGGGCUAUACUUUGCUAGGAUUGAAAGCUAUGAGGAAAAAUUCUACUUCAUUGCGAAAUUCGGGUACAUAUACGAGCCCUUCGACGCCAGAAUAUGGAGAUAACCAUGUUGGUGGGAUUCAGAAGGGUUGGAGUUCUGAGCGAGUUCCAUUGCCUACGAAUAGUAGCCGGAGGCACGUUAGUGCAACGGCAUUGAUGCCAUUCAAUAGCGGGAGGUCUUUUCCUUCGAAAUGGGAUGAUGCCGAGAGGUGGAUCACGAGUCCAUUGUCGAGUUAUGGCGUUUGCAAGGCAUCGGCUGUGCAACCUCGGAGACAUGCUAAGUCAAAAAGUGGCCCUCUAGGAACCCCGGGUCUUAUGUACUUGCCCAAUUUUUCGCCCUCUAUUCCAGUCUAUGAAGGCGGAAGCAUUGGUAAUUUCGCGGGGAGUUCGCCGUUUACAACUGGUGUACUGGUUCCCGACGGUUUAUGCUUUCAUUACGGUGCUGGAAUUGAUCCAAAGGCUAAUUCUUUAUACACCACCGAGAAGAGGAUUGCUCGAGCUAGUAGUGUUCCUGGUCUGUCAGAUUUGUUGAGUGAAGCUUCGUUACCGAGCUCUCAAGAUGAUAAGCUUGAUGCCAGCAAGGUUGCAGAAACUGAUGAUUUGCAUGUUGUUUCGCGGAGAGAUAUGGCAACUCAGAUGAGCCCGGAUGACAGUAUUCACUCAUCUCCCAAAGAGAGCCCGCCAUUGCCUUCCUUUCCGCUUCCAGUCCCUGGAGUGGAGGAACAGAACAAGUAUUCUGCAAAAGUGGAAAUCAGAGAUGUACAAGUAGACAAAGGUGCCACCAUUUCCAGCCAAUAUGGGUCGAGAAAAAUGAAGAGAGACUCACAAGAUACCAACAACUCGUUCUCGCCUUGGGAUGUUGUCGAAACAACAAAAAGCACGUCAAAGGAGGAAGCUAGGAUUAGUGCCUGGGAGAACUUGCAGAAGGCAAAAGCCGAAGCAGCAAUUCAGAAACUUGAGAUGAAACUAGAAAAGAAGAGGUCAGCAUCUAUGAACAAGAUUAUGAACAAGCUUAGAACUGCCCAGAUGAAAGCUCAAGAGAUGAGAGGUAUAAUUUCAGAGAAACACGACGCCAAAGAUUCAACCAAAUCCAUAUCCUUCGGGAAGCAGUUUAAGAUGGCCUUCUUUAGCGGUUGCUUUUCCUGCCGUGUCCAUUAGAACUAGGUUCUCAAAAUUCACCAGCAUUGUUCAUUCUUGGUGAGCAAUAUUUCAGGUAGCUCAGCAUAUCCGCGCCUCGAUAUCUAGUUUUGUACCAAUUUUUGUAAAAAAGGAACAGAUUGGUGAAAAUCACUAGACUACCUCUCGUACACGAUUGUCACAUUUUAUGUACUGUCUGGAGUCAGAUUAUACAUUCAGUAAACAUAGUUUCUAUGUGUAGUA